ACUUACGAAUGGCUCGACUCCCUCCCAUCCACGUAUCCGGACAUCGUUUCCCUGGAGACCAUCGGAUCCUCUUGGCAAGGCAGGGAUCUCAAGCUUAUCCGAUUCAACAAGGACUGGGGAAUUCCAAAAACGGCAGCCUUCAUCGUUGCGAACAUGCACGCUCGGGAACGGAUCACGUCGGCCACUCUCACUUGGAUCAUGAACGAGCUCCUCGCGAAUCCAGUCUACGAGAGAAUCCUCAACGAAUACGACCUCCACUUCCUCCCCAUCGCCAACCCUGACGGCUUGGAACGCAGUCAAACGACCGAUCGGAUGUGGCGGAAGACGAUGAGCGACCACGACCCCGAAGACGGGUGCAUCGGAGUCGAUCCGGAGCAAAACUUCGACUUCCAUUGGAGCGACAGCGGGCCUUGUUCAUCCGGGCCAGCGCCAUUCAGCGAAUCGGAGACGAGGGCAAUCGCCGAUUACGUGCUGGAGAACAUGCCCCAACUGGACUUCAAGCUCUAUCUCAACAUCCAUUCCUUCUCCCAGUUCGUUCUCUUCCCCUGGGGGUACACAGCCACGCAUCCGGACGACUACGACGAUCUCGUGAGCCUCUCUCUUUCUCCUAUUCAUUGCGUUGAACAUCACAGAGGUCAUUGCUUGGAAGUGGCACGCAUAACCGAGAGCGCCCUCGAGGAAAGAUACGGCACGCAAUACGAAUCGGGAACUUACACGGACCUCCUCUACAGAAUCUUGGGUACUUCGACGGACUGGAUGAAAGGGGUGGCCGGUAUCAAGUAUUCCUAUCAGUAUGAGCUGAGAGACACGGGAGAAUUCGCAUUCCUCCUUCCGCCCGAUCAGAUCGUUCCUUCCGGGGAAGAAACCCUGGACGGCUUGGUCGCCUUGCUCGAUGCCGUCAGGGAGCGAUCCCGUGAAAAUGCCCUGUGACAGAAUUGAAUAAAGCGUCCGUGGAGAAAUUGAUGGUGGGAAUAUCUUCGUUGAUUUUUUGAUAAUGUCUCUAUGUCGUAUUAUGGGAAUAUAAAUUGGUGGGGCCGAAC